UACCAUACGGUAUGGCCGUAGUUCGUCCAAGUUUUUACCUCCUCCCGAAAUAAUCCGAAGUGAAACGUUCAUAAGGGAUGCAUCCACCGUACGGGAAUUAGAACAAUUUUGGUGUGUUACGGGUCAGCAGUUACGUGGAUCGAUCAUGUUGUCCCAAAGGAAAGGCACUACGAUAAGAAAGUUGGAUGGAAAACGACCUAAAGAGUCAAUGUCAUCCUCCAGUCUUUCUGGCAUGUCACAAUUAUCCAAUAGUAGCGAGGAAGCUCUCGAACCUUUCGUGCAUAAACCACACAACUCUAAUACCGAUAAACGCACAACGAAAGAUCAAAGUCCAAUAAACAACGAAUGGCUCUUGAAUCAUCCGGUUGGAAACAGAGCGCCUACUUUACGUUUUAAGUGUUGCGCUUUGUCCACACCUCCGGAAGAUCCACCAGCUAAACAGUUACAUAUGACAUACAAAAUUUUUCAAACGGAUACCAAACUUAUUAAUCUUAUACUACAAUCUCAUGGCCUAUCGGAGGUACCCAUGAAUGAGCCAGAUUUUAAUGUAUUGUGGAUGGGAAAUCACCCAAAGCCAGAUGUUCUUCGUAAUUUACAGUCCUAUCAAAAAGUUAAUCACUUUCCAAGAUCGUACGAGAUAACGCGAAAGGAUCGUUUGUAUAAGAACAUCGAAGCUAUGCAAAGAAGUAAAGGCUUGCGAAACUUGGAUUUUAUACCACAAACCUUCCUUUUACCCAGUGAAUCAAGAGAAUUACUUACGGCGCAUUUUAGGUACCGAGGACCUUGGAUCGUCAAACCAAAAGCCAGCUCUCGUGGACGCGGAAUUUAUAUUGUUAAUAGUCCUGAGAAAAUCCUUACAGAUGAAUCUGUGAUAGUUGCACAAUACAUAAAUAAUCCGCUGUUAGUGGAUGGGCACAAAUGUGAUUUACGUCUGUAUGUUGCUGUAACAAAUUAUGAUCCAUUAUUGAUAUACCUGUAUGAAGAAGGAUUAGUGCGAUUUGCAACAGUUAAAUAUGAUGGUGGUAAUCAAUACGUUUGGAAUCCUUGUAUGCACUUAUGUAACUACAGCAUCAAUAAAUUCCAUGUAGAUUAUGUUAAAAGCGAAGAUCCAGAUGCGGAAGAUGUGGGCCAUAAAUGGACAUUAUCUGCAUUAUUAAGACAUUUGCGUUCCAUUGGUCAAGAUACUGAACAACUUAUGCAACAUAUCGAAGAUAUUAUUAUUAAAUCUAUUUUAGCUACUGCUUCUGGAAUUGUUAGUGGUGUUAAACAAUUCGUUAAACAUCCGGAAACAUGUUUCGAAUUGUUUGGUUUUGAUAUUCUGAUUGAUGAUACUUUGAAACCUUGGUUAUUGGAAGUAAAUUUGACACCAUCAUUGGGAUGUGAUUCUCCGUUGGAUGUCAGAUUAAAAUCAGCAUUAAUAGCUGAUUUACUUACUCUUGUUGGUAUUCCCGCUGUAGAUCCAAUGUUACGGCCUCAAAGUAUGCACCUUAAUCGUUCUUUGGCUAAUCCCACUAAAAGAAUGGCUGGUUAUAGAAGAGUGCAAUCCGCGGAAACAUUAACUCAUAAAAAGAAAACUGUUAGCAAAAGUAACAUUAUAAAAGGAGGAUUAAGUUCCGAACAACAACGAAUAGUAAUUUCUGCUAAAGCACAAUUUGAAAGAAGAGGAGGAUUCGUUCGCAUAUUUCCUAGUCCUAAAUCAUGGGAAAUGUAUUCGCAAUAUUUAGAUUCAUCAACUGGUAUACCAAUAGUUUCUGAUCCAUUAGGGCCUGGAAGAAUUCCACAAUCAGUGACCACAAAUUACAAUUUAAUGUUACACGAACAAUUAUUCCCUGCAGCUAAUCGAAAUACUGGUUUUGUUAUACCAGAAGUUACAUUGGACAGAUUGUCCAGAUACGAAAGGUAUGAAAGAGCUUUAGUGAAGGGUCAUAAACAAAGUUUAGAUCGUGGUGAUAGUAAAGAAAAUAUGGAUGUAGAUACUCAUAAGUAUAAAAAUUUAGUUAUUAAAUCGAUGCAAGAAGGAAAUACAUUAAGUCCUGGCGAAGCGAGGAAAGCUUUUGGUUUAUAUCUGGGACACAUACUUCGUAAAAUAUCGCAAUCAAAUGCGGAUCCUGCUUGUUGCGAUCUUGUCAUGAAAUUUCUUCAACAGUCUUCGUGUAACUUGAGAACUCCGUUUUUAUUUACAUUACCAAGCAGUAAACUCAGUGACAAGGAUCGUGCAGCUAUUACUGCUAAACAAUUAUCAGAUUUCUUACACUUGUAUAACAGAGAAACAGAACUUUACGCGGAUACGGUUGAUCGUCCAUGUAUCGUACCCAAUAGACUUUUCCAAAAAUUCCUGGCAGCUGCACGCGAGGAGGAUCUCGACGAUGUAUUAAUCUUGCAAACCCAAUUGUACAAAUGUGCACACAGUUUUUUGGGUAGAAGCGGUUUCGCUGGAAGUUUACGUGGGCCUAAUCUUUUAUGCUCGUUACCGCAUAUAACUUCCCGAGUGUAUUCAAAUGCCGCUACGACCGAACAAUGCAAAUGCACACAAUCCUCAACAAGGACUACAAAAGCUCCAAGAACAUAGAGUAUAAUGAUAUUAUUUAUAAAUUAUCAUCCCUUUAUUAUUAUUAUUAUUAUAUUAAGAUUAUAUAUAGUAUACGUAUUCUGGUUUGAGCGGACAAUCAUUCAUUAGGGUACGAGUGAUAGUUGUCUCUCUUACACUGGCGCGAAAAAUGUAAUUACGAGAUAAAUAUUUUGGAUACGCUUUAAAAGCGCUUUAAAUAUUUAAAACAAUUCUAUAAAAUAAGAAAAGUUUAUCAUUAGCGUAAGGUAUAAAACGAGUUUACAACAAGAAUCUUGCUCGAAGUUUAGUCAUUUUAUUGAAUGUCCAAACAUUGAAGAAUUUUUGAGCAAAAAUUUGAGCUGCGUUAUUCCCAAGCUAGUCUUAUAAAAAUAUAUUUGACAAAUAUUUUACAUCAAUCAUAUGAUUAAAUUAUGAUGAAGGAGCGGCACAAUGAAGAAAAGCGAUUAUAGAUAUGAUUAUUAUACGAAUUGCCAAAGAUAUGUAGAAAAAAGAAACAAAAAAAAAAGAACCUGGA